AUGGUCAACAGACACUUCAGGAGCACCAGCGCUCCUGCACGCCCAUUUAAAGCCACCACCGCGCCCAGGAGGCCCCAGUCCAACUGGAGCCCUCCCCAUCGUAAACCUGGUCGAGUUUCCCUUGCGACCCACACUGUGAUCGGUGCAAUCGUCGUCCUGCUAGCGCUUUUCUUCCAAGUCUUUGCACCCCACUUCUCUCACACGGCCCUGCGCCUCUUCACCAAAGACCAGCAUUGGCACAUCCGCUCCCCAGGCAUCACGCUCCGCAACCCCGUGCUCCUCCACGAGCCCCAGAUCUGCCCAAAGCCCGAGCAGGCCGUCGAGUCCGAAGGCACCUUCAACACCCGCCCCACCCGCAGCAUGGCUCUCACCGACCAGGCGAUGCGGGUCGCCGCCGAGUUCGACUUUAGCAACGAUGCUGUGAACAAGGCGGUGAAGGAGUUCAUCAGGGAGAUGGAUGAGGGUCUCCAGCAGGAGGGCACCGAGCUGAGCCAGAUCCCAACCUACGUCACCGCCGUGCCCAAUGGCACUGAAAAGGGUCUUUACAUGGCCGUCGACUUGGGCGGCACCAACUUCCGUGUCUGCUCCAUUCAGCUGCACGGCAACACCACCUUCUCCCUUACCCAGAGCAAGGUCGCGGUUCCGCAGGAGCUCAUGACCGCGAAGACCUCGAAGGAGCUCUUCUCUUUCCUCGCCAAGCAGAUCGAGAAGUUCCUCCAAGCACACCACGAGGACCACUACGCUGGCACGUUGAAGCGUCGACAGACAGGAGGACAGCCGGAGGAGGUCUUCAACCUCGGAUUCACCUUCUCCUUCCCUGUGAACCAGGUCGGCAUCAACAAGGGUCUGCUCAUGCGCUGGACCAAGGGCUUCGACAUCCAGGAUGCAGUUGGCAAGGAUGUCUGCGCCCUGCUGCAGACCGAGAUUGACGAGCUGCACUUGCCCGUCAAGGUCGCCGCGCUGGUCAAUGACACCGUUGGAACGCUCAUGGCCCGUUCGUAUGCCUCGCCAGGCAAGACCGGCACUUUGCUCGGAGCUAUCUUCGGAACGGGUACCAACGGUGCUUACGUCGAGAAGCUGGACAAGGUUACCAAGCUCACAAAGGCAAAGAACGUAGGAGAGUUUGAUAAGUCGACCGGUGAGAUGAUUGUCAACACUGAGUGGGGUUCCUUCGACAACUCCCUCCGCACACUGCCCAACACUCCAUAUGAUGUCGAGCUCGACAAGAACUCUGUCAACCCUGGCAUCCAGAUGUUCGAGAAGCGCGUAUCUGGCAUGUUCUUGGGCGAACUUCUCCGUCUCGCUCUUGUCAAGCUCAUCAAGGACCCCAAAGUGCCUCUCUUCCAGGACGACAAUUCCUCGUCGAACGACAUCCACAGCACAACACAGAUUGACAGCGAGAGUGCGAUAUUCAAGCAGUGGGGCAUCGACACAAGCUUCCUGAGCAUUUGUGCGGGUGACAGCAGCCCAAGCCACCGCGUGAUCAGGCAGACGCUGGACAAGGACUAUGGCAUCUCGGCUGCUAGCACUGAGGAUGCAGAGGCCGUCAAGCAGAUCGCUGGCACCAUCGGCCGUCGCGCAGCUCGCCUUUCGGCUGUGGCCAUUGGCGCCAUCAUCAUCAACACCGGUCGACUAGACAAGCACAAGGGCACCGCCACAACUGAAGACAAGGCUGGUAUCAACCCUCCACGAGGAAACGUCGAGGUCAAUGAGGACGACGUCGUCGAUGUCGGUGUCGAUGGCUCGCUCGUCGAGUUUUACCCCGACUUUGAGGAGCACAUCAGGGAGGCUCUCCGCACGGUUCCCGAGAUUGGGGAACGUGGCGAGAAGCACAUCCGCAUCGGUAUCGCAAAGGAUGGUUCUGGUGUCGGCGCCGCGCUCAUUGCGCUUGUUGCUGGACAGGUUCCCGAGCCACAGCUGGACUAG